CCCUCGCCGUCUCCCGCUCGCUCGCGGAGGCAGAGGCAGGCCGCCCGCCGGCCCUCGCGGCGCGCCAUGUCCCGCUCCAACCGGCAGCGCGAGUACAAGUGCGGCGACCUGGUCUUCGCCAAGAUGAAGGGCUACCCGCACUGGCCCGCCCGGAUCGAUGAGAUGCCAGAGUCCGCUGUGAAAUCGGCUUCCAACAAGUACCAGGUCUUUUUCUUCGGGACCCAUGAAACGGCGUUUCUGGGACCGAAGGACCUCUUCCCGUACGAAGAGUGCAAGGGGAAAUUUGGGAAGGCCAACAAGCGGAAAGGCUUCAGCGAAGGCCUCUGGGAGAUAGAGCAUAACCCCACCGUCAAGGCAUCCGGGUACCAGCCAACCCAGAAAAAGGGCCCCACGGAGGACGCGGGGGCCGAGCGGGAGCCGGAAGCAGGGCAGAAGAAGGAGACCCCCGAAGGGAGCAGCGACGAGGAGGGGAACCUGGUAAUUGACGAGCAGUCCAAGGAGAAGAACGAGAAGGCCGGGAGCAAGAGGAAAGCAGAGGGGGCCCUCCUGGAGGACUCCUCCCCAAAGCGCGCCAAGGAGAGCGAGGACCAGGAGGGCGCUGGGGGGGAGAAGCCCAAAGGCUGUGAGGGAGACGCCCCCAAGGAGCCGGAGAAGCCCAAGAAGCAGCAGCCCAGCAGCCUCCUCCCAGAUGGCGGGGAGAAGGAGGAGAACAGCAGCCGAGCCGCUGAUGCGCCGGCAGGAGGCGAGGGGAAGGAGGAAGCCUCCGAGGAAGAGGACGAGGAGGAAGAGGACGAGGAGGAAGAGGAAGAGGAGGAGGCCAGCAGAGACCACAAGGAGAGCCUGUAGCCGGCCGACCCGACCUGCUCUUCUUCUCCUUCUCCGGACCCAAUCCCGGCCUGCUGGCAGUUUCCCUGGGUGCUCAGAACCAGACUCCGACCCGCUGCCUGUGCCACUCGUGGGGAGGGGGGUCAGGAGCCACAUUUCUGCGGAAGGAAAUUGCUCUGCCCAGCCGCCUCUCUCUCUC